AUGUACUUUCCAGAGCAGGACCAGGACCAAUACAGCUUUGGGCCGCCCGUGGACAUUUCUGUUUACAGUGAGAGUGAAUGGAAAGGGCAGACCAUCAAGAGCAUCGUCAUCAGAAAAGGCUACGCUGUGCUCUCCCAGUGCUUUGGAUUCCUCCGGCGGGUCAAAGCAGACAACUACUGUGCCCUGCGAGCCUCCCUCUACCAGGCGCUGAUGCACACUAACAAACUUCCUUACUGGCUGCAGCAGAAGAGCAUCUUAUUGAUCCCUGAACAGCUUGAGUCUCGGUAUGGUCUGAUUAAAGGCUGGCUGUUCCCUGACACAUGCAAGCAUACAGGUGGGAUCGACAAGUCUGUGGGUCUGCUGAAAUGCUAUCUGCGCCUCCUCCAGAAUUGGUGGCAUGCGGCGGCAGCCUCCCCUGGGGUCGAAGGUCGCAGGAGUGUGUGUGAGCAGCUGUUUCAGGGCGGAGAAGACGAGUUCGGUGUCAUAGAGGCACUCAAGCUACUCAUGCUAGCCCAUGCCGUGGACUUGCAUGCAGCCAAACAGAGGGGCGACAACGUGCCAAUCUUCUGCUGGUUGCUAUUCGCCCGCGAUACCUCCUCGUCCCCACGCUCAUACCUUGCCAACCACCUGAGUCAGGUUGGCUUCAGUAGAGGCAUGGAGCAGGUAGACAUGUUUCUCCUGAGUUGCGCAAUGCGCUUGACCAUCAAGGUCUACCGCCUGCACAUGGCUGAAACAGAGGAGUUCAUCUCAUUUUACCCAGAUGACAGCAUUCAGGACGGGCACUGUGUCUGCCUGGCAACCGAGGACGACCGCCAUUAUAACGUGGCAUUUGGCAACCCUGUCUAUGCCGAAGAGGACCUCUCUGAAGAAUAUGACUGAUUGGCCAACCAGCUAUUCUGCUGCUGCUUGAUUGUUGACUCAAGUGAUCAACGUCCAAUCAUGGCCAAUUCAGGAUACAAUUUCUCACAUUUCAAACUUACCCUACUAAAUAAAUUAUCUCAGCAUCAUAUUUAUGACUGUAUUGUGAAUUCUUUGUCUGUAAGAUUUCCUUUGGAAGAUGUAGACAAGGUAUAGCUCAUUGUUGACUAUGCACAGCAAUGAUAACUGUAAUGAAGGGAUUUUAAAGACUUCAGUGGAUCCCCACAUGUCUCAUACCCUUUUGUAAACAUCAGCUGAGCGGCAAAGCAAAUACAGCAAAUACAAAACAAGUGCCAGCCCUAUCAAUGUGAAAGUAUGCUGUUAUAUCUGAAUGUAAAUGUUUUAUAAUGUAUUGGUAUACUAAAAUACACUGACAACACAUAGACCUAAAUACUUUACUAUGAGUAUACAAUUCAAUGGUUUCUACAACCCCUUUUCCCCCAAAAAAUGAGCUGGUGUGCAAAGAAGAAAUUAAUUUGAUUAUUUGCAAAUGAAGUAGAACCAUAUUUAAUUCAAAUAAA